GCCCGUGGACACCGCCGAGUAAGCAUCGUUGACGUCUCCCCCCUCCACUGCCGUCAUGUCCAAGUCAGAGUCUCCCAAAGAGCCCGAACAGCUGCGGAAGCUCUUCAUCGGAGGUUUGAGCUUUGAAACAACCGAUGAGAGUCUGAGGAGCCAUUUUGAGCAAUGGGGAACGCUCACAGACUGUGUGGUAAUGAGGGAUCCAAACACGAAGCGCUCCAGAGGCUUCGGGUUUGUCACCUAUGCCACUGUGGAGGAGGUGGAUGCGGCCAUGAAUGCAAGGCCACACAAGGUGGAUGGAAGAGUUGUGGAACCAAAGAGGGCCGUCUCAAGAGAAGAUUCUCAAAGACCUGGUGCCCACUUAACUGUGAAAAAGAUUUUUGUCGGUGGCAUUAAAGAAGACACUGAGGAACAUCACUUAAGAGAUUAUUUUGAACAGUAUGGGAAAAUUGAAGUGAUUGAAAUCAUGACUGACCGAGGCAGUGGCAAAAAGAGAGGCUUUGCUUUCGUAACCUUUGAUGACCAUGACUCCGUAGACAAGAUUGUCAUUCAGAAGUACCAUACUGUGAAUGGCCACAACUGUGAAGUAAGGAAAGCCCUAUCUAAGCAAGAGAUGGCUAGUGCUUCAUCGAGUCAGAGAGGUCGAAGUGGUUCUGGAAACUUUGGUGGUGGUCGUGGAGGUGGUUUUGGUGGGAAUGACAACUUUGGUCGUGGAGGAAACUUCAGUGGUCGAGGUGGCUUUGGUGACAGCCGCGGUGGUGGUGGAUAUGGUGGCAGUGGGGAUGGCUAUAAUGGAUUUGGUAAUGAUGGAAGCAAUUUUGGAGGUGGUGGAAGCUACAAUGAUUUUGGCAAUUACAACAAUCAAUCUUCAAAUUUUGGACCCAUGAAAGGAGGGAACUUUGGAGGCAGAAGCUCUGGCCCCUAUGGCGGUGGAGGCCAAUACUUUGCCAAACCACGAAACCAAGGUGGCUAUGGCGGUUCCAGCAGCAGCAGUAGCUAUGGCAGCGGCAGAAGGUUUUAAUUACUGCCAGGAAACAAAGCUUAGCAGGAGAGGAGAGCCAGAGAAGUGACAGGGAAGCUACAGGUUACAACAGAUUUGUGAACUCAGCCAAGCACAGUGGUGGCAGGGCCUAGCUGCUACAAAGAAGACAUGUUUUAGACAAUACUCAUGUGUAUGGGCAAAAAAACUCGAGGACUGUAUUUGUGACUAAUUGUAUAACAGGUUAUUUUAGUUUCUGUUUUGUGGAAAGUGUAAAGCAUUCCAACAAAGGGUUUUAAUGUAGAUUUUUUUUUUUUUUUUUUUUUUGCACCCAUGCUGUUGAUUGCUAAAUGUAAUAGUCUGAUCAUGACGCUGAAUAAAUGUGUCUUUUUUUAAA